AUGCCCGAGAGUCAUGAGAGUGGGCCGCCUAAGAAGAAGCAGAAGCGGAACAAGCCCACGCUGUCGUGCCACGAGUGCGUCGAGCGGAAGACCAAGUGCGACAGAGGUCGACCCCAUUGUCUUGCAUGCAUCAAACGACAGACUGAGUGUAGAUAUGCACAUGUUGCCAACUUACUCGAGGAGACAUCAAGGUCGGCUGCCAAUGGACUCCGCAUGACCAAGCCUCCCAAAAAGAAAUCGGGAUCUUCUGGAAAACUCCCAGUCCCCAAUAUCGCGGACAGAACUGUCAACAGCAGCGAUGAUACUCCGUCCAGGGGCGCUGUAGCCCUCUCCACUGGCCUACUCUCAAACGUUCCGUACUCUAUCGCCACUGCUAGCAAUGUGUUUGGAGUAGGUUCGGAACAUCCAUUUGCAAACUACUGGACAUGUGAAGGUGGCCUUCCGGAAGUAAUAUCUGUGCUUCCGGAGAAGCUCCAGGCUGACAUCUUACUUGGCCGAUAUUUUGAAUGUGUUGACCCGGUGUAUCCCAUGAUUCAUCGCCAGACAUUCUAUGCCGACUAUGAGCAUUUUUGGCAGAUGUCCAUACCGGAGAAGCAUCAAGUUGAUGCUGCCUUUAUUGCCCAGAUAUUCGUCAUGCUGGCUUUGGGCGCUCAGUUUGUCACGUCAACGACGCCACAGGAGCGGAAACAGACGGCCGAAUUUUACGCGUCCGCGAGCAACCAAGCUCUUCGGAUGUUUUCAUAUCUGAGCACAGCGUCAAUCCGAUCAAUCCAAGCCAUGGUGCUGAUGACUUAUUUCCUAAUCAACGACAACCAUGCUUCGGACGGUUGGGCAUUUGCUGGGAUACUAAUACGGCAAGCUUAUGCCAUGGGCUUGCAUCGUGAUCCCAAUAUAGUUACUCCGGAUGCUAGUCCGUUUGAGAAACAGCAAAGACGCAAGGUCUGGCAGGCAGUCUUAUUACAGGACACCUUCCUCACUGUGCUCUUGUCUCUACCGCCGUCUGCCACACACACCGAUGUGUCAGUGGAUGAUCUGCUUGAUCACGGAUCGUCUAUAGCUAGCAGUGACCCAACUGACAAUGCCUACAUCCGAGGCUCCUGGACGCUGGCAAACCUAGUGCAGGAGACCAUAUGCUCGCCUCGGUCUCUCGAUGUGCCCAUUUGCGCGACGGCGCGGCACAAGUCGAAACUAAUUUCCGAUUUCCGAGCUGUUUACCGCUCUUUCCCGGACGUAUUCCGCUCGUGGGACGCGGAAAGCCUGACGACGUUGGCCGGCACGAACAAACGAGUUGUACGACAGACACUUUUUCUUACAAGCAACUAUUUCCACAAUCUCAUGUUGGUCCACGCAUCAGAAAGCCCAGACGUUCCUGUCAACGCAAGGGGCACACUGGAGGCCGCCCACGAUGCUAUCGGAGCCUUUUUCUUGCUAUUCAACCUGCUUGAAAGCGAGGCUCGCGUGUGGUGGGUCUUUAAUCACAGAGCUUUUCUCGAGGCGCUGUGCAUUGGCAACGUCCUAAAAGAAGCGGCCAAAGAGACUGUGGGUAAGGAACUACUGGCAAAAGAUCCGUUGUUUGUUCGAGCCAAGGCCGACAUCACUCGGAUGAUACAGAUCAUGCAGCAGAUGGCCGAGGACUCCGAAGUUGCCCGGACUAGGGUACAAGUGCUAAGCCAGUUUCUGAGCUAA